UUCUGGACACAGUGGGCAAAGUGUUGGUUUUUUCAUGGGACUUGAGACGAAUUGAGCUCCUCCUCCCCAGGGAGGGAAGGGUGGGGGAGGCUGUUGGAGAGGCAGUCAUGUUUUCAGCUGGGCAAACGUGGACGGUUGCCCAUAGAAGCUUUGCCACUGUACAGAAAGUUGCCCAAAUCAUUGGAGGAGAACAAUGUGUUCCCUUUCCAACCACCUUGCUUCUCUGAAAGAGGGAGGGAGGGAAUGUUUCCUCUUAAUGUGGAGGCUGGUUUGGUGGCUUCAGAGAGUCUCUUUCAGAAGUUUGUGUGGUAGUGGCUUACCGUUUUUAACAUGCCUCAGAGCUUUUGAAAUCCCAGGUCUUUUUUCUCAGUGGGAAUUUCCUAAUUACUUAAAAGUUUUCUAGUGGGAUAUCAGAAUAUUGGCAUUCUUACAUAUAAAUCUGAGCCUGUCUUCCAAAACAAGAACUUUGCAUCAGACUAAUGGAAAUUAUGGCAGCGUGCACCUUAAAAUCCGACUUGAGCCAGCUAUUUUUUACCAUCUUAGAGAUGGAAAUAGUGCAGUUCUUUUAAUCUUCCUAGUGAGCUCUCUUAUUUCAUCCUCAAAUCUAAAUGUGGAGGGUUUUUUGUUUUUUUUUUCCUCUUUUUAUUUUUGGAGGAGAGGUGAUCACCAUUAAGACCACAGCCAUGAUGAAAGGCUCAGAAGCCCUAGCAGCCAAGCCUUUCUGUGGCUGGAGUUUACUUAUAUUGGGAGAAGGUAUGUUUUGUGAACUUCUAUUUCUGAGCUUUGUAGUAUCUUUUUGUUUCCCCCUAGUAAUUUAUCAUUUUUAAAGAAGAGAAGUUCCCUACUUCAGCUACACUGAGGGAAGAGCGCUCAGUCCUCACAAGUAUGGACUCUGGCUUGGGGACGCCUCAGAUCUGCGUUAGCUGUGGAACUUCAGCCUCUGAGCUCAGGCAUGCAAAGAGGUGUCAAGAGUGACUACCAAGGGCUUGGUGCUUUAAUUGCUUCAAAAGGUGGUGACCAGAUUUUUACAGCACAUUCUUACGAAGUUUUUUCUGAUAUACAACUUUAAUUCCUCUGAAAGUGGAGUGAAUAAAAAUACCCUUCGGUGUGUUAACCUCCAAGGGGAGGGAUCACUACUCCCAAUCUGACUUCUGAUUCACUUGGCCCUCCUGAGCCAUUCCUGCAGGGGAUCAGUUUGGAGUGGGUGUUAAUAAUGUUAUUGUUUUCUCUCCAGAACACCUUCCACCAUGGCCACCUCAGCAAGUUCCCACUUGAAUAAAGGCAUCAAGCAGGUGUACAUGUCCCUGCCUCAGGGCGAGAAGGUCCAAGCUAUGUAUAUCUGGAUCGAUGGCACUGGAGAAGGACUGCGCUGCAAGACCCGUACCCUGGACUGUGAGCCCAAGUGUGUAGAAGAGUUGCCUGAGUGGAAUUUUGAUGGCUCUAGUACUUUUCAGUCUGAAGGCUCCAACAGUGACAUGUAUCUCGUGCCUGCUGCCAUGUUUCGGGACCCCUUCCGCAAGGACCCCAACAAGCUGGUGUUCUGUGAAGUUUUCAAGUACAACCGAAAGCCUGCAGAGACCAAUUUAAGACACACCUGUAAACGGAUAAUGGACAUGGUAGGCAAUCAGCACCCCUGGUUUGGAAUGGAGCAAGAAUACACCCUCAUGGGGACAGAUGGGCACCCCUUUGGUUGGCCUUCCAACGGCUUCCCUGGGCCCCAAGGUCCAUAUUACUGUGGUGUGGGAGCAGACAGAGUCUAUGGCAGGGAUAUCGUGGAGGCUCACUACCGGGCCUGCUUGUAUGCUGGAGUCAAGAUUGCAGGGACGAAUGCAGAGGCCAUGCCUGCCCAGUGGGAAUUCCAAAUAGGACCGUGUGAAGGUAUCAGCAUGGGAGAUCAUCUCUGGGUGGCCCGCUUCAUCUUGCAUCGUGUAUGUGAAGACUCUGGAGUGAUAGCAACCUUUGAUCCCAAGCCCAUUCCUGGAAACUGGAAUGGUGCAGGCUGCCAUACCAACUUCAGCACCAAGGCCACACGGGAGGAGAAUGGUCUGAAGUACAUUGAAGAGGCCAUUGAAAAGCUAAGUAAGCGGCACCAGUACCACAUUCGUGCCUACGACCCCAAGGGGGGCCUGGACAAUGCCCGGCGCCUAACUGGAUUCCACGAAACCUCCAACAUCAACGACUUUUCUGCUGGCGUAGCCAACCGUGGCGCCAGCAUCCGCAUUCCCCGGGCUGUCGGCCAGGAGAGGAGGGGCUACUUUGAAGACCGUCGCCCCUCUGCCAACUGCGACCCCUUUGCGGUGACAGAAGCCCUUAUCCGCACAUGUCUUCUCAAUGAAACCGGCGACGAGCCCUUCCAAUACAAAAACUAAGUGGACUAGACUUCCAGCCGUCAAACCCCUCUUAGUUCUUCCUCCUGCUUCAGCUCUGCCCCCUCUCUCAAUUGUCCUAAUUGUCCCAAUUGUAACUAACUCAAAGGGUAGAGCAUCAAGGUCUUUUUUUAUUCCUCCUGCCAGUUAAUCUUGCUUUUUUGGCCAGGAUAGAGGGGUCGAGUUCUUAAUCUCUUCACACCCACCUUUUUUUCCUAUCACUGAAGCUUUGUAGUGUGUUAGUGGGGAGGGGGACAGGGAAACA